AUGGGGGUGGUGGCGGCGUUGCUCUACGCUUUGCUUGCAGCGGUGGUUUCUGGAUUGUCGCAAGUUCCACAAUCAUCUCCAUGUGCCAUGGAACUGAGCGCAACCGUAAACAACAAGCCGUUUUACAAAGCAGCCGAGGAUGGACACAUGUCAAAAGAGGAUGCCGAGAGGCUGCUGGGCGGAAUCCGAAACGCCAGCAAGAAGACAGGCACGUUCUUUGUGACCGUGCUGGAUGGCGGCAUGGUGAGCAUAGGCGAGAAUAUGAUUCUUAGCUUGAAUGCCGUGCCGUGCGAUACCCCUGUUCUUGUUGUUGGCUUAGGUGGCAACGUUUGCUCGAGAUUCCUGGAGCCCGGUGGACCUAUCUGCGUCGAGGUCUUCAGAGAGUCAGCCACUUCUGAGGACGAGGUGGCCUGGGGGUCGCACGAAUAUUGGGCGGUAGUUUUCCGCAAGCAUGUAGUGUUGACCCUGGUUGCCAUGAGCAAGACGGCGAGAUGGGCUGCGUACACCGAUCCAGACAUUGUCUAUCUGAACUGCCCGACGGACUACCUGAUCAAUGUCUCCACUGGGAAGGCCCAGACCAUAUCUGGAACAUUCGACGUGUAUGACAUCGUCUUCUCACCGAAUAACAUGCUGUCUAAAGAGGCCACGACUGUAGACGACGUAGCAGAGACAUAA